UCCUCUUACGUGCGUCUAAGUGAGUGGUAACAUUCCUGUCUUGUCCCGUACAAGAGCGUUCGCAAGUUUGCUGUUGGCUUGACAUUAUGAAGAUCGCUUUCGUUUGUCUUAUAUUUCUGACAGUUUUCAUUGAGUCCAAUGGCCUCAGAUGUUCAUACUCAAGGUACAGGGGUGGCAGGUACACCACUACCUAUUACAGCUGUGCUAACAAUGAAUACUGUUGUGGAUCUCGAAGUUGUUGUACAUAUGUUUAUACAAGAUGGUACCUCUGGACGGGCAUUGUGGCCACUUUUGUGAUUAGUUUUAUCAUUUGGUGGUACUAUCGCUAUCGCUAUCGUCGCGCACAUCAAGUAGUUGUAGCCCAGGUCCGACCCUCUCAGGCUGUGCAUACCACAGUCACUGAGAGUGUGAUGAGGGUACCUGCUGCCUACCCUGUGUACCCCCCACCAGGUCAAGCCACAUUCAUGCCAGGCACAGGGAAUACCCAGUAUACAGCAUACCCACCACAAGUUUAUGCUUAUCAGGAUCCACCACCACCAUACACAAGUGCUCCUAUGGUGAAACAAGGUGCUUUUGUGAGCACUUCUUCUUAGCUUAGUCAUUCAAGGCUCAGAGCUUAAACAUGUUUUAGCUGCAGUGGUGAAUAAGAAAAAAAAUAGCAAUUACAUUUGUAGCAAAAGUUGCCAAUUUGGCAACCUGCUGGUCUUGAAGUAAGUUGUGACAUUUUUGUCGCUUAAAGUUGAGUAACUUUGUAAUGUCAUAUUGCAUAAAAUGUCCCUUUUUCAUUUUUUGUUUUCUGAGAGAAGUUAGCAAGGGUAUUGUUUUAGCAAGAAAAGUUUGGUGAUCCUGAUGAUGGUCACUAUUUUGUUAAGACUUAUACACAAGUUUUUUAGCGCAAUUUUUUUAACAAAAUUUUUCCAGCUACCAGAAUGUUACUUAAGACUUAUUGUAUCAUAUGUUUACUUUCAUAAAAGAUGAGCCUAGAGCCCAAUUAUAAUUCUUUGGAUGAAUCCUUAGCUGGGAACCAUUAACCUCUCAAGUCAUGGGUAUCAUUAGUGCAUAACUUACUCAGUAUCUCACCCUACAAACUGAUGACAAGAAAACAAAAAUCACACAUACCUACCCUUUGGAGAUGCAAUAAGGCAAACUUAUACAUUUCGGCAGGAAUUUUAGGAGUGCAAAUGAGUGAAGUCUCAAAAACUACAGUGCGAAUCCCAAAGGGGGACAGGGUUGAUAUUUUCCUAGCAUCUUGAAAAUUAGUCUUGUCAUAUCAGUUCACUGAUGGAUGAUUUUCUACUCACUAAGAAUAGAUUUUUUAACACACUGUAUUAUUUAGAUGUUUAUAGUAACCUUCUUAGAAGGUGUUAGAUUAUUUCUGACAUUAAGAUAUAGAUAUUUUAGGCACAUUUAUGAGAUAUGAAGUGAUGUCAAACAUCAUUCAUUUUUCAUCUAUAGUGAUCCAUGUAUAUGCAUUACCACUAAGCAUUUUUAACACUCAGUGAUGCAUUGCUUUACUUUAAAUUUACUUAACUUUGUCAAAUACAUUGUAAGUGAUUCAUGCAAAAAGUUGGUUAUUACUUUGACUUGCUUCAAACUGCUGAGUGUAACACACUUAACUAAACAACCAAUAAAUAGUGUGCAUAGCUGUAA